AUGACUAUCACUUGUGACUACAUGGCCAGCUUAGUCCUACCACGUGACCCCUGGUUAUCAUCCUCUCGUUGCGGCAUAAACAAACCACUCCCAAUAUCCCAAUACGAACAUUUUGGUGCACGUCCAUGGCAUCUGGCAUCACCCCCACCAGGGAGUGUCCCUGAGGCCCCUCUUACACCACCGUCUACGGAACAGAAACCUUUAUCGAGAAGUGCACGAAGCGUGGUCACUUGUUUGCGGCUCCAUCGUGCAAAUCACCGGCCAAGCUCUUGGUGGGAGCGUCGACUCAGACCAGACGACUAUACAGAGGUCUUGCGUGUGCUUCAUUCUGAUGAAAAUCUCCGCAACUACGUGGAAGACAAAAUACGAUACGAUUACGAUCCCUGUCGCUACUGUCUGACAAUCCGAAUGCCAAGCCUUGUUCAUGAUACGUUUUGCGCAAGAAUAGUGGAUGAAAUAAUCAAACAAUUGAGACAAUUCCAGGAAACUGACGGACCUCUCGCCGAUUUCGCAAAGCAGGUCGAGCAUUUUGCCACAUCCCGAAUUUUCAUACCUGAAGACACGCACGAUGUAAGUAUAUCUGUGAGAGGACAUCGCUUUGGGAAGUACCCUUGA